CUCUGCUUUCGCUGAUUAUAAUCUAUCUAUCUUCUCCACCUGUGACUUAAGCCCUUAACUCACUCUCUCUCUCCCUCUCUCAUUAGAUCAUGGUCUGUCCUAUAAAAUGCAUUUCUCGUGUUUUUCGUGGUUUUUUGGUUAGAAGUUCUGAUUUUUACUCUGGUUGCUUGAUUCUUGUUGUUUUGUGAAGUUGCGGGAUCUUUCUUGGUUUAGGGGGCCUGCCCUUUGAGUUUAUCGGUUUGAAGGAUUUGGAUUUUCUUGAAGACUUGGGGUCAACAAUUCAUGUGUUCUUGCUCUUUGCUUCCAGUUUCAAGCCACAAGAAUUGUUCUUUUGAGGUGGGCUGAUUGGAGUAGUUUCAGUGUUUUAUUUGCCAUCUUUGUUAAGCUAAGGAAUUUUUCAUUUGGGCUGAUGAGCAUUCCUGGAGAUGAGGUUGUUUGAAUUAGGUGGUGGAACACCCCAUAUUUGGAGGAAGUGGGAUUUUAUCAGUUAAUACUGAGAAAGAGGGGAAUGAAAGGUGGCAAAGACGAUGGAAAGCCAAUGGAUCCUCUGUUUCCUAGGUUGCAUAUUAAUGAUGCAGAUAAAGGAGGGCCCAGGCCACCUCCAAGGAACAAAAUGGCUCUUUGUGAACAGUAUAAUGUGCAUCCUCAAAGUUCAAAACUCCGGUCUGGACCGAUACCAAUGCUGCCUCUUCCACCUAGCAACGGUUGUAGUAGCUUUGUUUCGCAAGCAUCCUCCAGCAAUGUUGGUAUUGCAAAGCGGAAAGUACCUCCUACAUCUGGUAGCAUGCUCGGAUCUGCUAACUUGACGGAGAGAUAUUAUUCGUAUUGUUCUGGUGGAGUAAUCUCAAAUGCUCCACUGACUAAUUCUGAACCAUGGAUGUCGGCACCUGCAAAUUAUCAAAAUCCUUAUGGUUCAGCGAAUUUAAUGACGAAACCAGAGUGUAACUUGGUUCAACCACGUGGUUUUUCCAACUAUAAUAACUAUUGCACACAAAAUCCAGGAGAUGGAAGCGAUAUUAUGGUCCCAUCUUUUCUUCAAUCAGGGAAAGCUCUUAAUUAUGGGAAUCUUCAGCUGCAUCCCGACAAAGGAAAACUCCCAACCUUUAGCUCAAUCUCUUCACACGAACUCCAUGAUGCUUGCUUAAAACUGGCAAAGGAGACAAGAAGUGGAGAUCAGGCAACAGAACAUCACAAAAAUCUUGCUGAAAGAAACAGUAGAUUGUCUCAUAAUAAUGAUAACUGUUCUGAGAGGCCUCUUCUUAUUUCAUCGAUAGGUGACCAAGUUUCAUCUGAAAAAAAAAUCUCUGAGGUGGCUACCAGUACACUUCAACCUAACCAGCACAAGAAGAUUAGCUUCGGAGACGAACGAAGCACAUUACGUGACCCUUAUACCCAGCCACGUCGACAGUGUAAAAUCCUGCCAAGAAUGAAGACCGUCACUGAUGUUACAUCUGGAACGCCUGAAACAGCUACGAGAAAAAGAUGCGCUUCUGUGAUGGACGACUCAUCACACUCCUCUCCACGACUUGGAGACUGUAAUGAACCGACUAAGAUUGAGUUGAUCAACGAGUUCUCCGAAGAUAAGGAUUGUCUGGCAUCGCAAGUGGGAAAUGCUGACAAAAAGCAAAAUACUUCAGAAACUUCCAUGGAAGACUCUGUACCAGGUCUGGAUUUAACUCCUGAGGAUGUUGCAAGCGUUAUUGGUCAGAGACUAUUCUGGAAAGCAAGAAAAACAAUUGUCCAUCAGCAGAGAAUAUUUUCAUUGCAGAUAUUCGAGUUGCAUAGACUGAUCAAGGUGCAGAGAGUUAUAGCUGGAUCACCGGAAACGUUACAUGAAAACAACUUCCAUCCCAACAAAUCGUCUAUUCAAUUUCCUCCAAUAAAUAAGUUGCUUUACGUGACUCCUCUGGACCCAUUGCCGGCUGUUGCUAAACCAAAAGCAGAUGCCUUGAAGUCUAAUCUGGGUAAGGAUUGUGGGGCAGAGGCUGUAAGCGGAAUGCUGCCGUUGCCUACAAGCAUUGCUGAAAUUGGACGUCUUCCUCAGCAGUUAAUUCCAAAGCCUUUACCAACACCAGCACCUAUUCCCACUGAUGCUAAAUUAGCACCUUGGUCUUUCCAACCACCACCUGGAAAUCAAUGGUUGGUUCCUGUAAAAUCUCCGUCGGAGGGACUAAUUUACAAGCCAUAUACAGGUCCUUGUUUUCCACCAGUUGGCUUCAUGGCACCGGUUUAUGGAAAUUGCACGCCUAUUAGUUUAAGCAUGAUGGGUGGAACGACUUAUGGAGUUCCAGCUCCUAACGAGCAAGGGAUAGGACAUUUUUACGGCACUUCUCUUGGUCAAAGUUACUUUCAACCUUAUCCCAUGCCACUGAUAAAUGCAAGUGGUUCGAACCCUGAAGUCGAGCAGAUGAUCUCAUCUGCCAGAGUUCAGCUAGCUGAACCUGAUAAAGACUCAUCAACAAGCAACGCCAACUUUGUCGUACCAUGUCAAAGCCCUUGCAAAGCUUCGAGCCAGCAGAGUGCAGUUGUUUCCGGUUGUGGUGGAAAUUUGCAUCUGCACAAAGGAAGUGAUGGGCAAUGCAGCAGCGCAACUAGUCCUGCAGAACGAUUGGAAGGGGAAGCUCUCUCCCUUUUUCCAACCACGCCGUCAAGUCAGGCUUUAAGAGAUCAAAGCAAGGUAAAAGUGAUCAAAGUUGUGCCUCACAACCGUAAGUCGGCACCCGAAUCAGCUGCACGCAUUUUCCAGUCUAUACAAGAAGAAAGGAAGAAACAUGAGUAACUUUCAUCACUUUUCUUCCUAUACCUCACAUGUUUUAUAAGUAAUCCUGUUGAUAGUCUAUUUACUGUAUAUACACACACACACAUAGUAGUUCAAAAGAGGGAUAUGUUUCCACUCAGGUGAUGACAUGUCCUAAUACAUGGAAAUCUUCUUCCAAGUUUCAAUAACUUUUCUUAUACAAUAGUGACCAAAUGUUGCCAAGACUGUUUGAUUCUUCUUUACACACGUUUCCGAGGUCUCUAAUGUUUGAUGUGUUUGAUUUAUUCAUUCUACUUAAGUCUUUCUUACUCUUAAGUGCUUGUAGGUUACCUUUUAAGCUGUGUAGUCCAUGGCGCGCCUCUCGCGCCAUUCAGGUGUUGCCCAGGCACGCGCGAGGCACGCCUUUGUCAAAAAGGGCCUGGGUAGCCUGGGCCCAUCAAAUAAAAAAAAAAAAAAAACCCUAAUAAUUAAGGGAAU